AUGCGCGAUAAGGAAGGCAAUGCUCUUAGAAGUGCACAUAUAUUAGGUUUUUUUAGAAGGAUAUGUAAAUUACUUUUUUUUAACAUCAAACCUGUCUUUGUGUUUGAUGGUGGAGCCCCAGAAAUAAAACGCCAUACUUUAAUGGAACGUAGGAAAAGACGAGUGGGAAUUGAAAAUGAUUUACAAAAAACAGCACAAAAGAUUUUAGCUGCUCAAAUACGAAUCCAUGCUAUUGAAGAGGCUGGAACUUCAAAAUCAAAGGCUAACAAAAAAAAGAAUCAGUCAUUAAUAACCGAUGAUAUGAAUGAUGAAUUGAGAUUAAGUGCUGAGGAUAUAUUUAAACAUGGAAAAAAAGAUGAAUACGACUUGCCACCUAUAACUGGUGGAAUAGAGACCAUGAUUGCGAAAGAUGAUCCAAGAUUUACAACUAAUGAAGAUCUGAAUAACUUUAUUGAAGAAUUUAAGACAGACGGAAUCGAUAUAGAUUCUGAAUUAUUUCGAUCUCUUUCAACGGAAACUCAAUAUGAAAUAAUUGGAGAACUUCGAUUAAAGAGGUUGGAAGCAAAUUCUGUUCGAAUUGCAUCUGAAAGAAAUAAGAAAUAUGUUUUAAUCAAGAACGAUGACGAUAGUAUGGGGUGGAGAAUGGAAAAACCGGUUAAAUUGGAUGAAAAUUCUUCAGAAUCUGAUUACGAAGAAGUUAUACAUUCAAAUAAUAAAAAACCAAAUGAAGAUGGAGAUUAUUGGGAAGAGUUUGUGAUAAAUGAUUCAUCAUUAAAAGCUGAUGUAGGCCAAGAUAACGAAAUUGCAGAUUAUCCUCAAAAAAGGAAUUUAAAAAACGAUAAUAACUACAACAAGAACAAUGAUGAUGUUAUUGUUGACGAUUUGAUAAAAGAUGUUGAUUCAUUCUAUGCCAUGUGGUUAUCCUGCAUGUCAAAUGAAUUUCAACAACAAUUCGAUGAUCACAAUGAUUUAAUUUAUAAAGCUAUAUAUGAAUGGAAUGAAUCAGAUUUAAAAGAUCAAUUAAAUACUAUUUCAAAAAAAUUGGGCAAGACGAAAGAAGGUGAUGGUAACGAAAAGGUUAAGGCUAUGGAAUUUUGGCAAGACUUUUUGACAAAUACUAUUAAAUUUCGCAAUAACAAAUUAAAAGAAGAUUCACCAUUGAACCAAGAUUAUGAUGAUGACGAUGGUGAUAAAACUUAUAAAAUUAUCCAAGAUGUUGAUGAUUAUCAAACAGCUUUAAAAGUUAAAAAAAGUAUUGAUGAUUCGUUUGAACUUGAUUCUUCAGAUUUUGUUGCAAAAAGAGAAUCACCAUCAAAGCCUUCACCAAAAGAUGAGCUGGAAAUUACUGAUAAUGAUAUUGUGGAAUCAAUAAAAUUUUCAGACCCAGUAAUUAAUAAUAAUCAACAAAGUAUAAACAAUGAAAUGUUAGGUUCUGAUGAAGAUGACGAGCAUUAUCAUAAAAGUCACAAUGAUUACAACGAUCUUAAUGUCGUAUAUAUUUCAAACGAUGAGGGUUCCAAUGAUGUUAAAGACGAUGUUAAAGACAUGUCAUCAAAUAGGGUUGAUAAAGAAUUAGGCAUUAAAACUUCGUUUGAAGGUGAUGAAGUGUCAUCAGAAAUACCCGGAACUGAAGAAGUCGAUUUUUCAAAUCAAACAAGUGAUAAAGAAGAAGAAAACGAGGAUGUUGUUAUUACCACAGUUAUCGACUCCAUUGAAGAAGACGAGGGGGGUAAAAUCGUUGAAGAAAAUAACGAAUUUGCUAGGUUUUUAUCUGAGCUUAAAGAUAGAGAUUUGAGUUCAAUACAACAAGAGCUGUCUAAAGAAAUUGAACAAUUGAAUGAAAAACAAAGGCGAGAAAAAAGAGAUGCUGAUAAUAUAACGCAAUCGAUGAUAACUGAAUGUCAAAAACUUUUACAAUUAUUUGGAAUACCAUUUAUUGUUGCACCGAUGGAAGCAGAAGCACAAUGUGCAAAAUUGCUAACUCUUGGACUUGUAGAUGGGAUUAUUACAGAUGAUAGCGAUGUAUUUUUAUUUGGCGGGAGUAAAGUUUAUAAAAAUAUGUUUAAUCAACAAAAAUAUGUGGAACGUUAUGAUUUGGAGGAGGUAGAACGUGAAAUGCAAAUCAAUCGUAAUAAAUUGAUUCAACUUUCAAUACUUUUAGGCAGUGAUUAUACAGAAGGAUUGACAGGAAUAGGAAUUGUUAAUGCAAUCGAAAUCUUGAAUGAAUUUCCAGGCGAAGAUGGAUUGGAGAAAUUUAGAGAUUGGUGGAAUGAUGUACAAAGUGGAAGAUAUAAACUUGAUAAACAAAUUGAUAGCGAUUUCAAGAAAAAAUUUUGCCAAAAAUUUAAAAGUCUUAUAUUGAACGAAAAUUUUCCAAAUCGUCAUAUAUGGGACGCUUAUUUACAUCCUCAAGUUGAUGAUUCUACUGAAGAAUUUCAAUGGGGAAUUCCUGAUAUAGAUUUACUUCAAGAAGACACAAAAACAAAAUCAUCGACACCUUCAAAGAAGAAUAAAGUCGACAGGAGAAAAAAUACUAGACGAAAAGUUAAUGCAAAUGUCUGCGAAGUAGGAUCAUCUGAUGAUGAUUCAAAAGUAUAUCAAAGAAAAUUCAACGUACCAUUAUACAUUUCACGUAAAAUAAUUCAUAUUGGCGCUGGAACUUAUUUGUUUUUUCUUUUGUAUUUGUUUGAACAAUGGGAGUAUGUGGUAUUUUUGAAUGCUAGUUUUGUACUGCUUAACUAUAUAUCCUAUAGGAUAAGGCUAUUCAAAUCUAUGG